GAUCUUAAUUAUAACCGUGACAGUUAAAUACCGACUUUGACAUUGUUAUAAGUCGGAACGUAAGAACGUACACAUACUUAGUUACGCCGAAACUUGUUUGGAUAUUACAAUCCUUUAAAAAUAAAUAUUGCAAAGGAAAAUAUGGAUAUUUACUGAAAAAAGAAUAAGAAGUCAACACGUAUUGGAUUGUCGAAGACAUACAAUAAUUAAAUUACUAUUUUUCAAUUGGAAUUACUAAACAAAAGAAAACUCCGUAAAUAUGAGCGGAGGAAUGGUUGGGAGUUACAUGUUGGCCACUCGAAAGAGUGCCUACCACGAUAACUGUGUCCCUGCUGACAGAAGAGACCAGGCCACACAAGUAUCAGCAGACAAGAAAAGACAAGAGGGAGAUUAUGUGCAGUGUGAUGCCGUCAAACAAGAUACAAUCUGGAAAGAAUCGGUCACCGGAGAAAAGAGAUGUCUUAAAAACUGGUCAAGUGACUGGGGAUUCUUAACAGAUUUUGAUUCAAAGGGUGAUGGCAUUACAAUGGGUAACCAAAUAGAAAGAGAUCCAUUACCAGAAAAAGCCAGUAUAUUUUCUUCAGAUAUGCCAAACACAAACUCAGGAAACUAUGGAUCAAGGGUCAACACGGAUGUAGGCAGACAGAUGCAAAAUCUAGAAUACAAAUUUUACGCCGAAAAGCGAAGGCGGAAGCUAGGAAACGAUUUAGUAUGCUACUAAAGUUAGACAUUGUUCAUGCUACAGUUAUUUGUUUUUGUAUCAUUUUAUUUUUGUUUAUUUGAAAAGAAAAUCAGGGUCAUUAAAUAUAAAAAUGGAUUGAACUGACCUGACAAAAGGAUCUUUUAGAAAAGGACAAUUUUCAUAAUAUAUUUUUCAAAAGAUAGACUUGUGUAAUUAAGAAUAGGAAUCUGAAUAUAACCAGUUAAACAGACAUGGAUUGACAUUACUAUUUGAAGCUGUUAGUCAGUGUACAGGGUUUGAAUAUCUUGAAAUAUUUUUAAAAAAAGUCGAAGUGUUCAUGUUUUUAUUUUUAAUGAAAACAAUGAUAUAUUUUUUUUACUUUUGUUUAAAACAAAUCCUGGUUGAUCUAUUAAGUUUCUUGGUGAUUCUUUACGUAAUAUUUUGUGAUUCAAACCUGGAGGGGAAAAGAUAUCCUUUCAUUUUUAAGGGAAGUAACACCCAACACCAUUUAAUGAAACAGAAUUAUCUCCCUUAGUAAUAUGUUGUGAUUCAAACCCUGGAGGAAAAAAAUAUCCUUUCAUUCAAGAUUAUAGGGAAGUAACACCCCAAGCCCAUUUAAUGAAAUUGUCAUCGAAAUUAAAUUAUCUGCCUGAGUAAGUUCAUACUGUGAAGUUAUUAAAAAAUCCAUAUAUAUAUUUAUAUAUGAUUAUUUUAACUUCUCUUUAAUUUACACAAUAUUAUUUUCAUGCAAACAAACAUUGUCAGGUUUUAAAAUCUUAAAAGUGCCAAGUGUAAUAAUGUAUCAUUGAAUUUAACAGAAUACAACAUUGUUCAUAUCUUAUACGUUUUGUUUUUAAUAUUCUAAGAUAACCAUUUUUUUUAUUUAAUUAUUGUAAAAAGAACUCCCAUCUCAUCAUGCUCAUAGAUUUUCAAAUAUUUUGCAUUAAAUGUCAUAGGUGUCAACUUAUGACUAAAAAUGAGAUCUUUCUUGCAGGGAAAUUACUUUAGAUUAGGUUUUGCGGAAAAUUUUCUAUCUAACAAUAUUUUCUUAGAAAUUUUAUUUGACUUUUUUGCAGUUAUUUCAUUAAAAUUAUUUACAAUCAAUGUUCUCAUGAAACCAAUUAUUUAUGAUAUCCAAAAUAGAAAAAAAAGAAAUAUGGAAAGUUGACACCUAUUGAAAUAUAAAUUGAAAAGAAUUUAUUAGACUGAUUUUUGGUUGCAAAAUUUACAAAGAAGAAUUUGAAGCCAUAGAUUGUGUGAUUAUCCUCCAUCCUAUGUGAAUGUAAUGUGUGGUUAUCCUCCAUCCUAUAACACAACAAAGGCUCUUAAUCAUAUUGACUAACCAUAAGUUUCCGUCCAAUAGAGUAUGUCUCCUUGUAUAUCCACAUUAUGUCCUUGUUGUCUAUGCAGAACAGAACAAAGUUCUGAAUAUUUAAAUGAUUAAAUUAAGAUUCCGUCCAAUAGAGUGUGUCUCUUUAUAUAUUUUUAUUAUGUCCUUCUUGUCUUUGCAGCAAAAGUUCUGAAUUAAAAUGACUUAAUUAAGAUUCCGUCCAAUAGAGUAUGUCUCCUUAUUUAUAUAUUAUGUCCUUGUUGUCUAUACGUAAACUCAGCAGUAUUUUCUAUAUUAGACCAAAGUUAUGAAUAGUGCCUCUGUGUGAAACUCAAGCUUUAUAGUAAAACAGCUUACAGUACAAGUAUUACAGUACAUAUCAAAAUUCUUAUAAUUGUACCUUAAUUCACUUUUCCCUAGACAAAGUUUAUACUGCGAAAUUGAAAGUAUUCUUAAUAGAGUUAUUUUGCUAUUUUCACAGUCAGGUUUUUUUGCAACACCAUAGCCAUUUGUGAUAAAAAAAAAAAAAAAAUCGAAUUUUACAUGUACGUAAAAAAUACAAAAAAACAAACAAUUGAAAAUACAUAUUUGAAUCCACCUACAUAUUAUUGUUAUCAAUAUAUUAAAAAGUCUGCUAAAAUGGACGUAUGUACAGUAGUUUUAAUUCACAUUUAUGUACGUAAAAGUUUCCAAUUGCGAAGUUUAAGGAUGUACUUAGGUGAGGUUUAGGAAUUUUUGUCAGAUGUUCAGACUCCUUGGUUUUUUUCUACGAUGCAGGGUAAAAUAUUUUGCCCCAUAACACCCAUUUUUCUUUUCAUCUAAGACCUCAAUAGCUCAUAAAAGGUCAUUUACCAAAAUUUAAGCAGAUUCUAGCUUUCUUUUCUUUCGAUUUGAGACCCAAAUAAUAUCAAUGCAAAUAUAAGGUAAAAGUAAGAGUCAGCCUUUUCACGCCAUUUUUUAAAACUCACAUAUCUCGAAAAGGAGCUCCAUAACCUAUCAAUAUUUUUAGCUUAUUUUGUUCCGUAACUAAUGCUCUCCCGACUUAUAGUAUCAAUUUUAAAUUCUAGAUUUUUUUUUAUUUCACCUAAGUACAUCCUUAAGAGAAACAUUCUGUGAUCAUGAUUUACACUGUUAUAGUUUUUAUUAUAUUUGUUGUAGAAAUCUCUGUCACUUAUUAACUUUUACAGAUAUAUUAAUAUAUUAAAAUCUUUUUAAUACA